GUGCAACCUAUUUCUGCAUGCAGUCAGAGUUGUUUUCCUGGUUUUAGCAAAAAAGGGAAGGAAGGGAAGCCAUUUUGCUGCUAUGACUGCAUCCCUUGUCCAGAAGGGAGAAUUUCAACUGAGAUUGACAGAAUUAAAUGUUCCAAAUGCAAUGAGAAAACCUAUCCCAACAAUAAAAGGGACUUCUGUAUACCCAAAAUAAUUAGUUUCUUGUCUUAUGAAGAACCUUUAGGGAUCAGUUUGGCCUCUUUUGCCCUUUCCUUUUCUUUGACCACAGUUCUUGUGCUAAGUGUAUUUAUAAAAAAUCACAACACUCCCAUAGUCAGAGCUAAUAACCGGGACUUGACCUACACUCUCCUCAUCUCCCUCCUGCUUUGCUUCCUUUCAUUGCUACUAUUCAUUGGCCAGCCUGGAAAGGUGACUUGUCUUCUCCGACAAACAACUUUUGGAAUGGUUUUCUCAGUGGCUGUUUCUUCUAUUUUAGCCAAAACCAUCACAGUGGUUCUUGCUUUCAUGGCUACCAAGCCAGGAUCUAGCAUGAGAAAAUGGGUGGGAAAAAAGUUAACUAAUUCCAUUGUUGUUUCCUGCUCUCUCAUCCAAGCAACCAUCUGUAUUUUGUGGCUGGCAAUUGCUCCCCCAUUCCCUGAUAUUGAUAUGGUCUCAGUGACUGAAGAAAUUGUACUGCAAUGUAAUGAAGGCUCUGUGGCCAUGUUUUAUUGUGUUCUUGGCUAUAUGGGUUUCCUGGCUCUUAUCAGCUUCACAACAGCAUUCCUUGCUAGGAAGUUACCAGACAGUUUCAAUGAAGCCAAGUUCAUCACCUUCAGCAUGUUGGUCUUUUGCAGUGUUUGGUUGUCCUUUAUCCCAGCAUACCUGAGUUCCAAGGGGAAAUACAUAGUAUCUGUGGAGAUCUUCUCCAUUUUAGCAUCUGGUGCUGGGCUUCUAGGCUGCAUCUUUUCCCAAAAAUGUUAUAUCAUUGUGUUCAGGGCUGAACUGAAUAAGAGGGAACAACUAAUAAGAAGAAAAGACUGA